AUGAAGAUUAGGGUGUUUUCUGAACUCGUGAAUAAGAGUAGGGUGGCUGAGGAGUGUGUGAGGAAGGCGGCAGCAGAGAAGGGAAGCAUGAGGAUGCCGUUCCAGAGGACUCCAGGGAAGAAUUUCGCACCAAGAGGCAGAAAUUUCAAGCGUGGCGGCUUUGUCCCUCAAAACAAUCAGGGGCAGGGCAACUUUAGAAGGCCGAAUGCUAAUACUAAUCAAGGAAAAAGGCAUCUGGCUGGGAAUUGUUCAGAGAAGAAGAAAUAUGAGACCGGAAGGGUACAGCAACCGGGGAGAGUUUAUAUCACUUCUGCAGCAGGUGCUAAGGGAUCUGAGACACUGAUUAGAGGUAACUGUGAAAUAGCCGGUAAAGUUUUAAGUGCAUUGUUUGAUUCUGGAGCAACACAUUCAUUUAUUGCAUUUGAAAAGGCUGAUGAGUUAGGAUUGAAAAUAGUGGUCUUGGGUUAUGAUUUAAUGGUGUAUAAUGCUACCCAUGAGGCUAUGGUGACUACGUUAGGAUGUCCACAAGUUCCGUUUCGAGUGCAACAAUGUGAAUUCGUGCAUGAUCUAAUUUGUCUUCCGAUGACUGAUUUUGAUCUCAUUUUAGGACUAGAUUGGUUGUCCAAAAAACAUGUCUUUCUAGAUUGUUUUGAGAAAUCAGUAUGCUUUAUGCCGGAAGGGUCAGAAGCGCCUACCGUGGUAAAUCAUUAUUAUUUGAAAUCUAUGAAUGUGAAUUGUUCUGGGACUGAAUGCCAGAGUAUCAUGCUAUUAACUGCGGGGGUUUCGGGUGAUGAUCAACGACUGGAGUAG